AUGAUAUAAAAAAAUUGUAAUAUGGUAUCAAAGAGAACAAUUGUUCCGCUAAAUUCUUUCUCUACAUUUUCUUCAGAAAAUUUUCAUUGAAACUUCAUUGAUUUAUUUUUACUUCUUUCUAUUUGAUUCUUGAAGUUUUCUGAUCAAGUAUCUAAAUUUUCAGAUUUGUUUUUUGCUUUGGUUGAUAUUCAUCUCCAACACACUCACCUUUCAAUCCAAUCGGAUUCAAUUCUGCCUCAGCUUGAUACUUUCUCGGUUUUCACACUCCAUACUUAUUUUCUUGACAAUAAUUACAGAAUGCAGAAAAGAAAAGAAAAAAUGGACCGUCUGAAACUGAAACUAUUCUGCAGAAACUUUUUCCAAGAAAUUAUACAACUACACAGAAUUUCAAAAUUAUCAUUGAAGCUUAUUCUUCUCUACAACUUCAUGAUCCCAAUUGCAUUAGCGCAAACUCUUGUGAGUCUUGAUGGAAUGAAGAAAGCAGCACCUUGAAGCGGCUUACUAGUGUUCCUUUCACGAAAAUCUUUCAUUCAACAAUAUUAAGUACCCGGUAUCAUGUUCCAAGACAUUACUCCUCUGUUGCUCGAUCCCAAAGCCUUUAAGGACACUGUAGAUUUGUUCGUUGAGCGGUACAAAGGCAAAAACAUUUCUAUUGUUGCAGGAAUUGAAGCCAGGGGUUUUAUUUUUGGUCCUCCCAUUGCAUUGGCAAUAGGAGCAAAAUUUGUACCAUUGAGGAAACCAAAAAAGUUGCCUGGCAAAGUAAUUUCUCAAGAGUACAUAUUGGAAUACGGAAGGGAUUGUCUUGAGAUGCAUGUUGGAGGAGUUGAACAUGGUGAACGUGCCUUAGUAGUUGAUGAUUUGAUUGCUACUGGUGGAACACUUUGUGCUGCUAUGGACUUGCUAGGACGUGUUGGAGCAGAGAUUGUUGAGUGUGCAUGUGUAAUUGAAUUACCAGAAUUAAAGGGUCGUGAACGGUUGAACGGGAAACCCUUGUAUGUGUUAAUCGAAUGUUUUGAGUGUUGUGACUCUCAAAAGAUGAAAGAAGAAAAUGAAUGAUUGGUCACUCUCAACAUUGGUGCUUUCUCAAUUGGAAUUCCAUUUUAUUCAUCUCCCUCCUUUUUCUUUUUCUUUUGAUAAUGUUCAUUGCAUUUUUAAAGUUUGGAAACCAAUGCUUUGCCCCAAGUUUUUGAUGUGGAAAGAAUGCUUGUUGAGGGAAAGGCAAAGUAUAACUAGCUAGGAAUAAUCAAUCACGUUCAUCAAAGUAAUGAAAAUCAUAUGAAUCCUUGUUCA